AGAAAAAAAAAAGAAAAAAAAAGAAAUCAUUUUCACAUAUUAUUAUAUUUAUCGUUACUUUAUGGUAUGAAAUUUUAUUUCGAAUAAAAGAUACCACUUGUGUAGAAUUUUUAAAAUAGAAUCUACGUUCGACUCAAUGUAGCGGAAGUAUAAAUAGUCGAGAUAACGAAGACAUUAUACAGCAUCCACUUAUGUUAGGGUUAAUAAUAGACUCUACAAGAAAAGCUGGACGGGUGGCGACGAAAUCUCGUUCAUGUCGUCGAAGAGAAUUUUGUUUCACCCUCUCUUUCUCUCUCUCUCUCUCUCUCUCUCUCUCUCUCUCUCUCUCUGUCUCUCUCUUCUCUCUCUCUAUUUCUCCUCUCUAUGUAGCAUAAAACGAGGAUUAUCUUACUCUACCUUCUCCAUAAUUAUGCGUUACACAAUAGUUCUCGUCGUUCCUGACUCACAAGUCGUCCGUCUGCCUUAUUCCGGGCCAACGAGCACGAGCUAUUUCCCAGGCGCAUAUAUCUCCACGGACUGGCAAAUUCCAAAUACGCUUCGAAAUCUCACACUCGAACAAGAUCUCGAAGGCAUUGCCGGCGUUUCCUAUUUCAAACGACCGAAUGGGUAACGCCAGCGAAUAAAACGAUUAGUUACCGCGAUCCUACCUUCGCAAAGCCGCCAAUAAUUAACGACCAUACAUUCCGGUAAUUAAUCAAGGUGUGCGCUCGCAAAUUGGAAACUAUCCUGAGAUUUUGUUCUUGCGUAAAAAUCUAACCGAUAACAUUCAUGUCGAUUAUCAUAUAAACAUUUGCCCGUUAAUAAUAAUAAACUUUUAAGAGAAAAUCAAUUGAACUUAAAUAAAUAAUUGUAAUUGUAAAUAUUUUUGAUAUUUUAAAGUCAGACAAUAAUGAUCGUUUAAAAAUUUUUAACAAUAAUUUAUCCUUUACCGAUAUUUCAUAUAAUUGUCUGACUCAAUUGUUGAACCUGACCGUUCAAACACGCGCUCGAUUCGCGUUCUUUUCAGACCAAUGUACUAUUAGAAAUUAACGUUAAACGUGACCCGACUAAGGAUCUCAUUCGCGUGCGGUAUUAAAUUCGUGUCUCACGGUAGCAAUUCGUUCUUAGGGACGCUGCCGUUUAGAUCACCGCGUUCUCUUUGCCGUUCAAAACUGCCGAACGUUUAGAUCGCUUCGAGGAAUUUCUUUUCAGCUUUUGAAACUUUCACAGAGACACGCACGAUCCAAAUCAUCUCUUAACGUCUAAUAUAUCGUAUUCAAAGUUUCAUUUGUAAAAUUAAAGAUAAGUCGUCGUCGUUUUCGUCGUCGUCGUUCGAAGAAACAAAAAAAUAAAUUUUUUUAAUUUAUACAAUAUCAAUUAUUCGAUCAUGAAAUCAAAUUAAACAUUCGAUUAGACAUAUUUUAUUCAACAUAUUUAUCUUUCUUUCUCAUUUCCACGAACAGCAAGAUCGUACAAAAAUAAGACAGCAGUUUCCAUGCGAGAUCGAAUUUGGAGUGCCUGAUUUGACUGAUCGUGAAUUCGAGUACCCAAGCUGGGCCGUCUAGAUCUCUCUUUCUUCUUUAUCUCUCUCUCUCUCUCUCUCUCUUUCUCUCUCUCUCUCUCCCUCACUCUUUCUCCCUUUUUCUCUCCUCAGCGUUCGGGUACGGCCGCUUGAAGAAAUAUACACGGGACGCGAAAAGCGUCGCGGCGCUGGGCGUCCUGCGUUACGUCGAGUCCGUCGGAAUGUGUAAAUAUACAAGCCGGCGAGAGACAAGCUUACGGGCGCUCUAUAUACACGGCCACCCUGAAUUUAUAAGAAGCCGUGACUCUAACGGCCGAAUCAUGACGUCCGUACCAACUGUCGAAAUCUCGCUAAAAGGCAGGAAGACAGAUUUAAGAGUGGAAGGUACAAAAGUAAAAAAAAAAGCUCACGACAGUCUCGACCCAAGACAUCGAUUGUUUCAAGAUAAUGAGAGAAAGAAACAGAAAGAGAGAGAGAGAGAGAGAGAGAGAGAGAGGAAAAGAGAGAGAGAGAGAGAGAGAGAGAGAGAGAGAGAACAUGAUCGACCCGGCAGAAAUUAGCACGGAGGGAGAAGGAUACGAUACGGCCUUGCUCUUGGAUUCGCAGAACGGCCCGGUGCUGGACCGAUGGAGUAUCUGCUCGGCUGAGGAGGAACCGCUGGUGUUGCAGCAGUUCCUCAGGUUCGCCGAGACGCGUCCGUUCGUGCAGCAGCUGCUGCUGGCCGCCGGAACGCCGGGGACGGAUGCUAUGUCACCAAGCAGACGACCUUCGCCGCCGACGAUGCCACUAGCACACUUGCCACCGCCCUUGCACCUGCUCCACUGCGGCCUCCCACCGCCGGGUUCGAGGUUGCCACCACCGUUACCGCCGCCUCAUCCUCCACCCCCGGUUUCGCACCCCUCAAUUUCGCCUACUACGCAGAAGCAUUAUUCGUCAGCCACGACCGGUGGUAAUCCAGGAAUAACGAGUAAUCGGGGGAACUCGCCACCGAGAACUCUAGAUUCGCAUAUGAACGUGUCACCACUUAACAGACUGCAAAGCAUGCAACCCUUCGAUUUUCGUAAAUUGGGUACAUUAGGCUUGCCAGCGUUUACACCAUUACCACCUGUACCACCUACCGAGCAACUUCUGCAGAGUCGAAAGUCCAUGAGAAAUCCUCAAAGUCCUCAUAGUCCGCCCCAUCAUUCGUCCAGUUCGCAAUUACAGAGGCCUCACGUGCCAGUGGCACCGGUUUCUUCGUCUGCACUUAACUUUGGUCAUCCACUCUCCGUCGCUGUUUCCUCGGGAGCCUUACCACCUACCUUUCCCAGUCAUUUCCCACCGCCACCACCGAUGGUUAAAUCGACCGGUUCCAUUGCCGGCCUGACAGCACCUACGGACGUACACAGUGGCGGUGAAAAGAGUAGCGAGUUUGGCUCGGAAGAGGAUGAGGAUGACGACGAAAACUCCGAUAGUGCAUUGAACCUCAGCAGACGUGACGCCGCAUCGAAACACGUGGCAGCCGAACAUAGACAUCCUCCACCUUUGCCGCUUCAACCUGCGCCUUUAGGAAGGCCACCUGGUAUACCUGGUAGAAAGCCUCAUUCGCCUGGAAAAAGACCAACGGGACAAUGGGGUGCUUCUGCCAAUAUGCCACCCAAUCUAGGCACACCCUUCAUCAAUCCAACCACUGGUAAGAAGAGAGUUCAGUGCAACGUUUGCCUGAAAACAUUUUGCGACAAGGGUGCCCUCAAGAUCCAUUUCAGUGCGGUACAUCUCCGAGAGAUGCAUCAGUGCACCGUCAAGGGUUGCAGCAUGAUGUUCAGUUCGAGGAGAUCAAGAAAUCGGCACAGUGCCAAUCCAAAUCCGAAACUCCAUUCGCCACAUCUCCGAAGGAAGAUAUCACCACACGAUGGUCGCUCCUCAAUGGCUCAUGCGUUAGUUCUACCACCUCAGGUUGGUCUUCCCGUGCCAGCAACAGGACUCAAUCAUUUGCCCUUUGGUUCGUUUCCUCUGUUAACUCCACCAUCCGAACUGCGUUCACCUGCCUCUCUCUGUGCCUUGGACUUCAAGCAUCUCGACCUGUCUUCAACGCAAAGCCAAGGUAGACCUUAUGAGGAGGCUCUUCAACAGAGAAUGCCAGUGAGCACGGGCUUACCUACUAGCACGGUUUCCACUACAGUGUCUAUGACGACGAGUAGCGGAGCGUCUACCGUUGCCGCGUCGAUGACCACUACUACAACGACGACUAGAGGUGGAUCGUUUUCAGGUGGUGCGACUAGUUGCACGGUGUCACCAUCGACAUCGAUGAUACCUGAGAAUGAAGAAGACGAUGACGAAGACGACGGUGGCAUUGUCGUAGUUGCCGAAGAUGAAACGAACGAUGUACCUUCCAGAUUGCAUUCUCGUAUGGCUCAUGGCGAUGAAGACGACGAACAACCUGCUGACUUCAGUUUAGCCAAACGGCCGAAACUCUACUUCACCGAUAUGGCUGACGAAGAGAACAUCAGUAAUAUUGAUAGCAAUGAGGACGACUCCGUUGGUGGCACCGAUCAGCAUUCCUUUAGUGUUGGUCAACACACCCUCAACUCGAAUACCCUUCUCCACAGCAGGGGAGUACGUAAAAGGAAGUCCCAGCAUCCAACGAGAUGCGCCGUUUUAUCGGAAGUGCAUUCCUCGUCAACGGAUGGUGACUCCUCAAACGACGAGGAACGAGUUCAGCGACGUUGUCAACCGGAUGGUGGAAUCGUCCGAGCGAUAGACGAUUUUCAGAAUCAACCGGAGGACAUGUCGAUGUCACGGCUCGAAGCAGAAGAACGUAAGGUCUCGCCAGCCUCGCCGAAGAAUCCAGACACGAAGUGCCGUAACUCACCGGAGACGACUUCAAUCAGUGAACGAGAAACAACGACGACAAUGGAGAGUGUCCGUAGGGAAACAGCAAAAGAAAAGGUCGACGAUCUACCUCAGGACGAACCGAGAGACCUCAGUUCGAGGGCGAGCAGUGUCAAAUCGCCAAAAUGUCAGAUCAGUCCAGAACCAAAAAGUUUGCAUGAGCCAAGUGUGGAGGGUAACUCGACUACUGCAGUCUGUGAUUCGGCAUCUGAGUCUCAAGAACGGGCGAGACGAAACAAAAUAGGAGAACAAGAAAUGCAGGUCGGCAAGAGCGAAGAUAAAAUUGUGGUUUCGAGAAACGAGUUGGAGACGACAGAGGACAAGAUCGUCCGACAAAACUCAGACGAUGUUAGGAGGCGAGGUGAAGAGGAACAGGAGGAGGAGGUGGAGGAUGAGGAGAACGAGAGGACGCAGGACGAGGAAGAUGAGCCAAUGGAGGAGGUCGAGGAUGAUGAUGAUGAUGAUGAGGUGGACGAAGCGCUGCGCAAUCAGGAAGGUGAGCGUCCCGAUGAUCCCCCCCGUGCCCCGAGCUCGGUCGAGAGCCGUCCAACGACAGCCGACGAGCUCUCCCACGACUCCUCGACCAACACUUUGCGUCAACUCGAGUCCUUGUCGCAGGGUCGCACGAUGAUGCCGUACACCGAGACGCAACGGGUGGCUUCGAGGUCUGGCCGCGGCUCUACCAGCCCCGUCAGCCUCACGACGCACCAGGAGACCACCAUGGACAACUCCUCACAUGGCUCUCGUUCAUCCAGCGCUUCACCCUCCACAGCGGCCAUGGAUAUGGACAAUAGCCUGAUAACCUACGCGAGAUACGAGAAUGGUGGCUUCGUCAGUACCCAGGAGGUUCCGCUUGAUCGUGAGAAUCCACGGCGUUGCACGGCCUGUGGCAAGGUCUUUCAGAAUCACUUUGGUGUGAAAACUCAUUACCAGAACGUCCAUCUCAAGCUGAUGCACCGUUGCAGCGUUGACGGUUGCAACGCGGCCUUUCCCUCGAAGAGGUCCCGUGAUCGUCACUCUGCCAAUCUCAAUCUCCAUCGGAAGUUACUCUCGACCUCCUCGAGUCCGCCCCUUUCAUCAGGUAGCCUGCCAUCCAGUUUGUCGCCGCGUGUCGAGGAUGCUCCGAUGAAUCCUCUUCUGCACAACGAGUUCCUUGCGAGACUCUACGCUGACGCGGGUAUCGGUACUGCUGGGAUCGGAGCCGCCGCAGCCAUUGGUACGGGCAUCGGUCCACUCGGUGCUUAUCCCCUGACACCUAGACUUCCACCAUCAGCGGUAGAUCUAGCUGCCAGGAUACCACCGCCGCAUCCGUUGCUUCUUCCACCUCAUCUGGGCGCCACAUUUCCAGGCCUGUCCUCUUUUGCCUCACACUUGGCUGGGCUGAAUGGUUUGACUCAUCAACACUUGAACCACCUGACGAGACUUUCUCAGGAACAAGCAACCAGACAACCCUCUCGCUCGGCCUCACCGUUAUCAUCUCCUGGCUCGGACGAUAGGAAAGAGGAAGCCAGAUGUACCGUACCAGGCUGCGAUCGCGUCUUUGGCUCGAGAGCUGUCAGAGACGCACACUCGAGGGAUCCCCAGGCUCAUCGAGAUCUGUCGAUUCUCUCUACUAGCGGCUCGUGACCGUUCUUCUGCCGCGAACGCGACUAUUAUCCCUUACUGUGAUGCCAAAAUCCUAAACGACGAUUCCGAUCGAUCGCCGAUCAUGUUGAUCUCCCAGGGUAUCCAGGGUCCACCCGUACUAUCGUCUCGCGCUAAUCCACGUGCAAUAUAAUCGAAGGACAACGCCUAAAAAAAUAUCGCUGAUCAUUCGUUACAUUCACUUCUACUUUUAUUCUACUUGCGUUCGUCAAUUUUCUUUUUCAAAUCGGCUACGAUCUCAAACAAUCGACGUGCUUCGAACGCUCCAAUCUAGUCAACUUGGUAUCUCUAUCGGUGGGUCCAGAAGUCGAUAAGAAUUCUCGCACAAAGAGAACCAACCUGUCCGAUUCCUGAAAUUUCGUGUUUCUCUUCGCUUGGAGUUCUAGCACGAUUACCGAAGCAUAUCUGUGAGGCGCAGUGAUAUUUUUGAGGGCGCUUUGUCUUCUUCCUAGCUGCGCGAGUACUUUCAGCUCAUAAACUACGAUUUCUUUCUUUCUUUCCAUCACUUCUUCCUUCUCUGUUUCUCCAUUUGCAAGAAUUUAUUUGUCUUUUUUUUAGACCAUCAAAGUUACAAACGGAAAAAUAGAAGUAUGAAAGAAAAAAAAGAGAAAGGGAAAAAGAGAGAAGGAAAGAGAGAGAGAGAGAGAGAGAGAAAGAGAGAGAAAAAUAGGAUCAACAAUACCAUUUGAAAGGAGAACACGAGACGAGAGGGGUGGAUCGAGAGUACCGACUCGGUGUGUUCGAGAAAAAGGCGUUCGCGUUAAUCGAUCCCCAGAUCGAUACGCGAUCUAAUUUUAUCAUCGUUGUGAUAACGUAACGUUAGCGAAUACGUCACUAUUUAAUCAAUAAUCAAUUAGCACUGCUGUAUAUAUAAACAUAGUACCUUUCGGUGUAUCGCGUAAUUAUCGAUUAAGCUACGAGGGAAGCGCGACCGAUCGACGGACGUUUUUACCCAAAUCGGGGAUAAACAGACCGUGAGAAGAGAAGACUUUUGUAAACGGUUCGAAUAAACGAUAGGAAUGAGGACUUUAAAUUAGCGAAUAAAAAAUCAGAGCGAUAUCAAACGAUAUGUUGGCAGCUAGAGAAAAUGAAAAGGAAUGAAAGAGAGAGAAAGAGAGAGAAAGAGAGAGAGAGAGAGAGAGAAAUAAAAAAAAUGCAAUCUUUACACGGUUCUAAAAUAAAAAUCGUGAGAUGCGUAGACCUUUCGACAUUCGAAGGGCCAAGGGUGUCGUGCGAUCGGUAAAGAUGUCAAAAAGAAAAAAAAAAACAGAAGAUAAAAAAAGAACAAGAGAGAAUAAAAAUUACAAAAAAUAUGGAGAGAGAACAAUAUUAGAGAAUGAACCGACCAGCGAAUCAAAGCGACGCGUGACGGCGACGUCUCGUGCUAGAUAUAAA